CGCGCAUGACGUCAGUGGGCUUUAACUUCCGGGUGGAGUAAUGUUGACGCAAUCCGCUGAAAGUUGAUGAGAGAAGCGUCAGCUGUUUUUAUUUCUCUCUCCUCAGACGCUUUGAUGAGACGGAGCAGGUUCUGUAUGCUCUGAGGUCAUCGAGGUGAAUGCAGAAUGGCCAGCGCAGCGGCCGGCGAGAGUUCAGCUUCAUCAGCAGCGAACGGACAGACGGCGGGAGAGAACGGCAGCGGCGGCGGGGGGGCUCAGGACAGCACGUUUGAGUGUAACAUCUGUCUGGACACGUCUAAAGACGCCGUGAUCAGUCUGUGUGGACAUCUCUUCUGCUGGCCGUGUCUGCAUCAGUGGCUGGAAACCAGGCCGAACAGACAGGUGUGUCCGGUUUGUAAGGCCGGCAUCAGUCGAGAUAAAGUGAUCCCGCUGUACGGCAGAGGCAGCACCGGCCAGCAAGACCCCAGAGAGAGAACUCCUCCACGACCGCAAGGACAGCGUCCAGAACCAGAGAACCGUGGCGGGUUUCAGGGCUUCGGCUUCGGCGAUGGAGGCUUCCAGAUGUCUUUCGGGAUCGGGGCUUUUCCUUUUGGGAUCUUUGCUACAGCGUUUAAUAUCAAUGAUGGACGACCGCCUCCAGCAGCUCCAGGAACCCCUCAGCACGCGGAUGAGCAGUUCCUGUCUCGCCUCUUCCUGUUCGUGGCGCUCCUCAUCAUGUUCUGGCUGCUGAUCGCUUAAUCGCUGAAGAAGUGUACGAUGGAGGACCAGCGGCUAACUAACCCUUCAGUAGUACAGGGUGGGAGCAGCUCUUUUUCUGUGAAAGAGAUGCAGCGCUUGUGAGAUGCAAACCACACUGUUUUCUUCCCAGAUUUGAUUUUAAAUAAAUGCCAGAGUCUUAUUUCUCUAUUAUUGGGUUUUUCUACGGUUACGGUGCCAAAUGAUGCAUAAAUGUACUUCCUAGCGUUUCAUUUUAGCUUAUUUUAAUUCAUAUUUUUGUUUUUAAAUAUCUCGUCACAUGGGCCGAAGUAGAGCAUCUGUUCUUUUACUAAUCUAAAAAUAAACGUUUUUUUGAAAAUAGAGACUUAAACUAAUUCAGAACGUGAUAGAAGCACACGGAGAUUUAUUUUAAAGCUCAAUAUCUAUAAUGUAGACUUUUUAGGUUUUGGAAAAUAUUUGGGAAAGAAGAAUGAUUUGCAGUGUGAGAGGCAUAAGCACAUGUUGACUGUCCACAUGAUGAUUAAAUUUAAUUAUAAAUGUGUUUUUGAAUGUUGUUUUAGUGUUUGUUUUUCAUCACAAUUUCUUUCUUUUGUGCAAUACUGGCCCCAUCCAUGCAAAUAUCACUGUGUUGUUGUAGAGGGACUUCUUUAUUUUACUAAUCCAAUUCUCUUCUAUUAAACCAAUAAAUAAUGUUAUGACACAAAA